AGACCGACAUUUGGGGUCUGAGUUUCCUCUCCCAUGACGCUCCGUCAUCUCCAUUUCUCUCUCUCAAAACCCCAAUCUAUGAAACCCCUUUUUCCAAGGCCCAUUCCCGCCAUUUUUCAAAUCGCCAAUUUCUCCAACGCCCCAUUUCACCCCUCCCACGCCACCUCCUCCUCUUCCCGCCGGCACGAGGUGGAAAGCCGGCGUGUUAAGGUCUCGGUAUGGUGGGAUUUCGAGAAUUGCAACUUGCCGACUGGCUCCAACGUGUUUAGGGUGACCCAGGGCAUCACUGCCGCCAUUAGGGCUAAUGGGAUCAAGGGUCCCAUCCAAAUCACGGCUUUCGGAGAUGUAAUGCAGAUGUCGCGGGUUAACCAGGAGGCCCUUUCGUCUACGGGAAUAAGUUUCACUCACGUCCCUAAUGGUGGAAAGAACAGUGCUGAUAGGUCCCUUCUUGUGGCCCUUAUGUAUUGGGUUUCCCAAAAUCCCCCGCCAGCACACCUUUUCUUGAUUUCUGGAGAUAGAGAUUUUGCCAGUAUUCUGCACCGGCUAAGGAUGAACAAUUAUAACAUCUUGCUUGCUAGUCUAGAAUCUGUGCCCAGUGUUCUAAGCAGUGCUGCUAGUAUCAUGUGGCAAUGGAAUGCUCUAAUUAGAGGGGAGAACCUCACAGGAAGGCAUUUUAAUCAACCGCCAGACGGUCCCUAUGGUUCUUGGUAUGGGCAUUUUAAGUCACCUCUUGAAGACCCUUUUGUGGCUAUGGAGCAGCCAACUCUUUGCUGUACUCAGGAGCCAUCUAAUUCUAAUUCAGAAUUGAAAAUUCGACCGAUACCAAAAGCUGUUCAGAAGCUUAUCCUUCAUAUCCUUUGCUCAAAACCCACAGGAAUUUCAAGUAAAGAACUUCGCUCAGAACUGGAUAAAAGCAAUUUGAGUAUAGAUAAAGACUUGUAUGGGUAUAAGAAGUUUUCUUGUUUUCUUUUAGCCAUGCCACAUAUUUUGAAACUCCAAUCUGGAAAUGAUGGCCAGUUAUUAGUACGGGGUGUCUGCUCAAAGGCUUCUGAACAAAAUGGGGGUAUUUCCAGAAUAACUGCGGCGGGAGUUAGUAAUGCAGGAGUACCAGCAGAUUCGAAGCCACAGUCAGCACCUAGUCCGUACUGUGUCCCAAAAAUGAAAACUUCAAAAAAUUUGCAAAAGCGAGAAAAAGUGAAAUAGCGUGCAAUGGAAGUACAGGAGCCUUUACUGAAGGUGCAGCAGUCCCCUAAAGGCAGGAAAUUGUCCAGUACUGAAGUAUGCUUUUCCUUCUAAAGAUUUGGCAGAUCCCCCUUGAAAAUGUAUAUGUUACAGGGACUAAAGCCACGGGAAGUCAGUUGCUUAUUGCAAAGGACCACAGUUCUGGGAAAAGUGGUUUGGGAAUGUUAAUGAAGAAAAAUCUAAUGGCUGUGAUAAAUUUCUGGUAAAAAGACAUUGAGAAUGUGGAUGUGAGAUCAACAAGUCACUCUGAGGCCUGUGUAAUUUUGGAUAACUCAGGUUCGGAAGCUGGUUAAAAAUUUGCACAAAGUAAGCAAGGUUCUGAAACACAACGAGGUAUACUCAAAAAGUUUCAUUUUGAAAGGAUAUGGUGGCAUCAUUUUUAGAUGCAGUACAAGGUUCAGCCCUUGUUCUGAAGCCGAGGACUAGGUAGUCCUUUAGUAGCUUACUAAUCCGCCAAACUGCAUGUAAAAUAGUCUAAGAGUUCACAUGUAGUCUGAUGCUUGGGUUUAUAACAGAAUUUCCUUUUGAAAAUUUUGUAGCAGUGGCUCACUGGUUAUUACUCCAUUUUGACUGUAUAUCAAGCUGCAGAUGGCACAGAAUCUCCAAAAACAAUGCCCUUUUCUUGGACUUCUCCGUGAAAAUGAUCUUCAUCUUGUGGACUUGCUCAUUUCAGAUAAGAAAUUGGUGGAAGAAAUCUUUUUCCUUCGAACUCUCUUGAUCCGCUGGUGGAAGUUCCCAGCAGAGCUGAAUAUCAUCUUUCUGGAUAUAAAACUCACAACUGAUUCAGAAAAGUCUAGAGAACACGGUGGAAAAACACCAAAGUUGUUAAGACAAUAGUCACUGAAUCUGUACAAAGGAACUCCAUAGGCAAGUCUAGAAAAGAGAGAAGCUUUUGUAUGAAAUUGUGAAGGAAUACCCUGAUGAUGCCUGCAAUAAGAGUAGAGUCCACUCAUAUUUUCCCUUCUGGUACAUUUUCAGCUAGCCCCAAUCUACCCACUGGGUUGAAGCUUAAACAAGGUAAUGUGCUAGUGAUAAUGUUCCAAAGAAGGGUGAUGAUCUUGGCUCUUUCUGAGCAGAGGUAGUUGAAGAAGGGUGAAAUGGAGCUGUGGAGAAGAUGAGCAGACAUGAUUUUUGUGUUAAAUUAAUGUGUGCAAAGGGGAAGGGGAGAAGAGUGCCAUACUUUUAGUGAUUGCUGUAGUUAAUGCCAAAUAGUAGGGACUAGGGAGAUAUUCUUUGGCGAUGCAACAAUAUUCUUUGGAUAACCUAAUUUGGAAAUAAAUUAUGCUAUGGACCA